AUGGCAUCCUUUGUGACCGUAAGAGGACAGGCUAUCUCUUUAGAGUCCCAAACAGAAUCAUUGUUGUCAAAAUAUGCACAGUUUGCACAAACGACUAGCUCGGACGCAACAGGUCAAGAAAGGACCCUUGACAACAAGCUUGAAAAAGUGCUUAUCCAAAGACAGGAUAUUGUUGACUCACUGCGUAAAAUUUGUGACGAAACGCAAGGAAUUUCGACUUCCAAAACGUUGCAAGUGCAACGGCACCAAGAAGUAUUGCAAGAGCAUAGACAGCAUUUCCGGAAUUUGAGAUCGUCCAUUCAACAAGAAAGAAACCGAUUAAACCUGCUUUUUAGCGUCAAGAAAGACAUUGCUCAGCAAUCUGAAGAAAGUCCAGAUGCCUACAUUCAGGACGAAUCCCGCCGUAUAGAAGAAUCGCACAAUGUUGUGGACAGUCUACUAUCACAAGCCUGGCAAACAAGAGAUCAGUUUGCUUCCCAGAGAGCCGUAUUGCAAUCGGCUGGGGACAAAAUGAUGAAUACGUUACAGCGCGUUCCUGUUAUUAAUCAAGUAAUUGCCAAGAUCAACACAAGAAGGAAAAAGAAUGCCUUAAUUUUAGCCGGCCUAAUUACACUGUGUAUACUAUUCCUGUUUUUCACCUGGUAA